GUGACCGUUGUGGUGAGUAGGCGAUACAUCGAACGUAUUCAAGGAUGAAUCCGAUCUGCACGCUGCUGAUCGGCUUAGCGUUGAUAACGGCCUGUGGAAGUUUUGUUUCAUGCGAAGAAUCUUCGGAAGAGGCCAACGGUUCUAAAGACUUAAAGAAAUGUCCCAACGGAUACUGUGUUCCAGGUCAUCUUUGCACGAAUGUAUCGAACAGUUUUAACAGCAACAAUAUCACUGGGAUGCGAUUCGACGACGACUCAACUGAUGAGGAUCUACAACACGAUCCAUGUGAAUCACAUUUGCAAGUAUGUUGCGUAGUGACUGUUGGUGUUCCUCCUGAACCGGUUGAGCCAACCACAGGGAAGCCUCUGCCGGAUUAUGGUAAUUCAAAUGAUACUAUCAAGCCGCCAACUCCAUCUUGUGGCAAAAAUCGCCUCGAGGGUUACAUCUACCGGAUUAAAAAUCGUGGCAGUAGUCAGUUUGGCGAAUUCCCUUGGAUGGCAAUGCUGUUGCAGCGUCGAACUCUUCUGGGCAUGGAUACUUCACAGUACAUUUGUGGUGGAUCGCUUAUCCAUCCACAAGUCGUUCUAACCGCCGCGCACUGUGUUAAGAACUUCGCUGACGCGUUGGACACUCUGGUGGUUCGAUUAGGCGAAUGGGACACCCUAACGGAAAAUGAGCCAUUGAAACACGAGAAUCGAGCUGUCCGGAAGAUUAUUCUGCACGAAAAUUACGUGGAGCGAAUGGCCCACAACGAUUUGGCUUUGCUGAUCCUGGAUCAACAGGCUAACCUGAACGUUCACAUCAAUCCGAUCUGCCUGCCAAAUGCCUACGACAACUUCGACGGCCAGCGGUGCAUGGUUUCCGGAUGGGGCAAGGAUAACUUUAACCCCGAUGAAAAGUAUGCGGAAGUGAUGAAAAUGGCAGAAGUGCCGGUAAUACCACGAAGGAAAUGCAAACAACUACUCCGGUCCACCAGCCUGGGUCCGUUCUUUCAACUUCACAUAAGUUUUAUGUGUGCCGGAGGCGAAGCUGGUAUGACCAUGGGUAAGGGAGAUGGAGGUUCGCCGUUGGCAUGUCAACGCGAUGGGGUGUUUGUCCAGGCCGGAUUCCUGGCUUGGGGAGUUUAUGGCGAUAAGACGAACGUUCCCGAGGCUUAUGUAGGUGUUUCUAGAUUCGUCGAUUGGAUUAAGGAGAAUAUACAGGCAGAAAUAAUGUAGACUGCCAAGAAUGAAGGUUUGGAAUAAAGCACGACAUUGUUUCCUUAAAA